AUGGUGUUUGUUUAUUUAAUUGUGCACGCCGUGCCGAGGUCGGGCGCGGUGUAUUCACGAUGCGCCUACUCCACCGGCGCGCCCUACUUUGGAAACGGCGCAGACCUCUCGCAGCCGCAGAUGUGGACCUCCGGCUCAGAUUGCGCAGGUGGGUCGCCGAGCUACAGCGGGAGUGUGCUGGAGGAUUACGAGACGGCGGAGGGGGAGGGCGCCAACGGGGUGGGGGGCGGCGGGGCGAGGGCGGGCGGGAGCGGCGCCGGCGGCGGUGCGGAGGGGGCGCUGCCCGCCUUCAGCACCAGGUUCGGGGGUGCGUUCGCGUCGCGCCCGCCCCCCUACGGCACGGCACCACUGCCCCCGAAUUACGCGCAUCAGGACGUCUGGACGCUGGAGCGAGGCCGGCCCCAGCUCUCGGCCGCCGCCAGCCUCAGUGCCAAGACAAACUUGGCAACGGCCGCCGCCGUGCUCAGUACACGGGCGCGGCGCCUGCCGACGGCGUCCCGCUGGGGCGAUCUCGCCUCUCGCGCUCACGCAUCAGGGGCCAUUAUUGCGUGCGCCGAACACACCCGAGCCGGCAGCCCCGCGCUCGGCACUGUGCCCUCAUUGUCCCCGGAUCCGACAGACCCACAAAGCGCUCUAACUGUCCCUCCACCUUGGAAAGUGUCGCGUGGACAUUGGCUCGCUUUGCUCGCCGCGGCCGGACGCGCUGUUUGCAUAGGUCCCGACAAAAACCGCGUCGCCUUUCCAAAUGAGGCCGUUCCUUUUAAGCGCAUUAAAAUCGCGCUCCGUUUAUGGCCCCGGAUGAGGCACGUGCCGCGUCCGGUGACGUCACGCGUGCCCCCACCACAAGACCUCGAAUCUAGAUCACACGUUCGACAUGUCACGCAACUGGCAGCGACACAUAUUGAUCUCGGCGCGGCGGUGGGUCGUAUCGCGGAGAUAGGCGGGGGCUACCGCGGCGACGAGGGGCCCAAUAGUGAAAGCGCUGCGUGCAUCUCAUUGUUAGCCCGCCUCAGGCCCGCGCCUCCUCCGCUCUGGCGUCUAGUCUCUGCGUCGCCGCGCAGCGCUCUC